GAAACAGAAGCUUUUGGACAUUUUAAUGAGUUCUAUGCCAAAACCAGAAAGACAUGCUGAGUCAUUGCUUGACAUUUGUCAUGAUACAAACUCUUCUCCAACUGAUACGAUGAUAGUUACCAAAAAUCAAAACAUCAUCUUGCAAAGCAUCAGCAGCAGUGAGGAGUUCGACCAAGAUGGUGACUGCAGUCAUUCCACACCGGUUAGUGAAGAAGAUCCCAGUGGUGGUAGACAGGACUGGCAACCCAGGACAGAAGGUGUUGAGAUCACUGUGACUUUUCCAAGAGAUGUCAGUCCUUCUCAAGAAAUGAGCCAAGAAGACUUAAAAGAAAAGAAUCAGAUAACCUCAUCGCAUCAAGAAUGGGCACAAGCACAUGCAGUUUCUCAUCCAAAUAAAAUUGAGAUGGUGGAGCUCAGGACAAACACGCUGACCAUGCGGCCCUUACUUUUGCAAAAAGAGGAAAGUUCCAGGGAGCUCUGCGAUGUGAACUUGGGCUUUUUGCUGCCGAGAUCUUGUUUAGAACCAAACAUUUCCAAGUCUGUAACCAGAGAAGAUGCUCCUCAUUUUCUGAAGGAGCAGCAAAGAAAAUCUGAAGGGUCUUCGACCUCUGAUAUGAAGUACAGUGGCCAAAGCAUCGAGUUCCCUCUGCCACCACUGUCACUCUUGCCCACACGAUCUGGUGUCCUUUGUAUCCCCCGAAAUCACAAGUUUCCAAAAGAGAAAGAAAGAAGCAUUCCAAGUGUCACGUCUUUUGUGCCUAAGCUCUCAGCGUCUGUUCGCCAGUCUGAUCUUAGCCCAACAAAUAAGCCUCCAGGAGCCCUAGUUAAGUUGUUGAUGGAUUCGACUCUCAGGUCUUCUGAUGGCUUCAUUUGGUCAAGAAACAUAUGCUCUUUUCCUAAGGCUAACCAUCACAGACAAUGCCUGGAGAUGGAGGAGAACUGGAAAUCCAAGGAAAUAGAAGAAUGUAACAAAAUUGAAAUCACCCACCUUGAAAAAGGGCAGUCUUCGGUGUCUUUUGAGAAUUUGAAGGAAGGCAAUAUUCCUGCAGAUAGGGAAGAGGAUAUUGACUGCCAUGGUAGUAAAACGAGAAAAGCUGAAGAAGAGAACUCUCAAUAUCUUUCAUCAAGAAAGAAUGAGAGGUCAGUAGCCAAAAACUAUGAACAAGAUUCAGAAAUAGUAUGUACCAUUCCAAGCAAAUUCCAAGAAGCCCAGCAUUCAGAAAUAACUCCAAGCCAGGAUGAAGAGAUGAGAAAUAAUAAAGCUGCUUCAAAAAGAGCUUCAUUACAUAAAGAUGAAGCAAUGGAACCAAACAAUAUUUUAGAAGAGUGUACUGUACUUAAAAGCUUAUCCAAUGUAUUCUUUGAUGACCCCAUUGAUAAACUUCCAGAAGGUCGUAGGAGCAUGGAGACAAACAUAAAAAUAUCAAUAGCGGAAGGAGCCAAACCAGAAAUGAGUGGGAUGGUGCCUCUUAUCCACAUCACCUUCCCUGUGGAUGGAAGCCCCAAGGAACCAGCAAUAGCCAAACCAAGCCUCCAAAAAACAAAGAGAACCAUUCAUAACAACCAUAGUGUCAACAUACUUGUACACCAAGAAAAUGACAAGCAUAAGAUGAAUUCCCAUAGAAGUAAGUUGGAUUCAAAGACUAAGACAAUUAAGAAGACUCCUCCGAAUUUCCUGAUUUCUACUGAAGGUCCCAUUAAGCCUACCAUGCAUAAAACCAGCAUAAAAGCACAAAUUUUCCCUGCUUUGGGACUUGUUGACCCCAGGCCUUGGCAAUUGCCCAGGUUUCAAAAGAGAAUGCCACAGAUAGCAAAGAAGCAAUCAACUCACCGGACUCAGAAACCUAAAAAGCAAUCAUUUCCUUGCAUAUGUAAAAAUCCAGGAAUACAAAAGUCACGUGUUCCUCUCUCUGUUCAACCCGCACAGCCAAGACUAAAUUACCCAGAUCUUAAGUAUAGUGAUAUGUUUCAAGAAAUCAAUUCAACUGCUAAUGGACCUGGAAUCUAUGAAAUGUUUGGGACCCCUGUUUAUUGUCAUGUGCGAGAGGCUGAAAGGGAUGAAAACAAGUAUUACCGUGAGAUAUGUUCGGCUCCAUCAGGCAGAUGUAUCACCAAUAAAUGUCGAUCUUCACACAGUGAGAGGAGCAGCAAUAUCAGAACAAGACUUUCUCAGAAGAAACCACAUAUGAAACCCCCAAAGACUUCAUUUGGCAUUAAACAAGAGCACAAAGGCUUAAUUUCUAAAGAAAAGAGUUCCAAGGCUGUACGUAGCAACCUACAUGACAUUGAAAACGGUGAUGGUAUUUCAGAACCAGACUGGCAGAUAAAGUAUUCAGGAAAUGAGUUUCUAUCUUCCAAAGAUGAAAUUCAUCCCACGAACUUGGCUCAGACACCUGAGCAGUCCAUGAAAGAGAAUGAAUUCCCUCCUGUCUCAGAUUUAUCCAUUGUUGAAGAAGUUUCUGUGGAAGAGUCUACGGGCGAUAGAGACAUUUCUAACAAUCAAAUACUCACCACAAGCCUCAGAGAUCUGCAAGAACUUGAAAAGCUACAUCACCAGAUCCCAUUUAUCCCUUUGGAAAACAGCUGGGCAGUGUCUAGUGAGAAGAAUUCUAACAAGUAUGUACAGCAAGAAAAGCAGAAUACAGCAUCUUUUAGUAAAGUAAAUGCCAGCCGAAUUUCAACUAAUGAUCUAGAGUUUGGUAGUAUUUCAGAUCAGUCUAAAACACUUGCAAAUUUCUCUUUCCAAGAAAAACAAGAAAGUGCAUCUUCCCAGACAUAUCAAUAUUGGGUACAUUAUUUAGAUCAUGAUAGUUUAGCAAAUAAGUCAAUCACUUAUCAAAUGUUUGGAAAAACUUUAAAUGGCACAAAUUCAAUUUCCCAAGGAAUUCCGGACUCUGUAAAUAAUGAGGAAUUGACAGAUGAACUAUUAGGUUGUCUAGCUGCAGAGUUAUUAGCUCUCGAUGAGAAAGAUAACAACUCUUGCCAAAAAAUGGCAAAUGGAACAGAACCUGAAAACCUAAAUCGUAUCCUCAGUCGGAGAGGAAGUACCCCAAAAGAAACGGACAGAGGGACAACAAAUGUCAAAAUCCAGAGGCAUAGUAAUGGGCUCAGGAUAUAUGACAGGGAGGAGAAAUUUCUCAUCUCAGAUGAAAAGAUGACAUUUUCUGAAAAUAGUUUAAAGUCUGAAGAAGCUAUCCUAUGGACCAAGGGUGAGAUUCUUGGAAAGGGAGCCUAUGGCACAGUAUACUGUGGUCUCACUAGCCAAGGGCAGCUAAUAGCUGUAAAACAGGUGGCUUUGGAUACCUCUGAUAAAUUAGCUACUGAAAAGGAAUACCAGAAACUACAGGAAGAAGUAGAUUUGCUCAAAGCACUGAAACAUGUCAACAUUGUGGCCUAUUUGGGGACAUGCUUGCAAGAGAACACUGUGAGCAUUUUCAUGGAGUUUGUUCCCGGUGGCUCAAUCUCUAGUAUUAUAAACCGUUUUGGGCCAUUGCCUGAGAUGGUGUUCUGUAAAUAUACGAAACAAAUUCUGCAAGGUGUUGCUUAUCUCCAUGAGAACUGUGUGGUACAUCGCGAUAUAAAAGGAAAUAAUGUUAUGCUCAUGCCAACUGGAAUAAUAAAGCUGAUUGACUUUGGCUGUGCCAAGCGUUUGGCCUGGGCAGGUUUAAAUGGCACCCACAGUGACAUGCUUAAGUCCAUGCAUGGGACUCCAUAUUGGAUGGCCCCAGAAGUCAUCAGUGAGUCUGGCUAUGGAAGGAAAUCAGAUAUCUGGAGCAUUGGUUGUACUGUGUUUGAGAUGGCUACAGGGAAGCCUCCACUAGCUUCCAUGGACAGGAUGGCUGCCAUGUUUUACAUCGGAGCACACCGAGGGCUGAUGCCUCCUUUACCAGACCACUUCUCAGAAAAUGCAGCAGACUUUGUGCGCAUGUGCCUGACCAGGGACCAGCAUGAGCGACCUUCUGCUCUCCAGCUCCUGAAGCACUCCUUCUUGGAGAGAAGUCACUGAAUAUACAUCAAGAGUUUCUUUCCAGUUCCACUGCAGAUGCUCCCUUAUUGCUUAAUUGUGGGGAAUGAUGGCUAAGCGAUCUUUGUUUCCCUACUGAAAAUUCAGUCUAACCCAGUUUAACUAGAUCCUGUGGAGUCGCUAAAUGGAAGUUUCAGUUACAUAUUAGUCUCCUCAAGUGUCAGACAUGAUUAUUCAUAGUAUCAGAAAAAAAUUUCUUAAUAACAACAAAAAACAUAUUUCAGUGUUUACAGUUUUGAUUGUCCAGGAACUACAUUCUCUAUUGCUUUACAUGACAUUUCCUUUUAUUUUUGGCCCGUCCUGUCAAUAUUUUAAUGAUGUUAGUUUAAAAUAAAUUGUAAAAACAACUU